AUGGUCUUCACGGUUAUCGUCGGACUUUACGCCAAGGUUGGCAAGGUCGUCGAGGAGCAGCUGCGCGCCAAGCUGGCGGACGCCGCGCACACGUACUCCAAGGACGCUAACGUCGUUGGCUGGCACCCCAUGCAGAACAUCGCCGACCCCCGCAAGUGGACCAUCGUCGAGCGUUUGGAUCAAGAAAGUAGCUUGGCGAAACACCGCGAGGACCCGGAAUACAAAGCGUUUGCUAGCGCGUUGCUGCCGCUACUCGAGAACGGUCUGGAAAGCAUGCAUGUGCACCAGUUCAAGGAGCUCUAA